AAAGCAGCGCGUAUCUGGCCCGCCUCAACCCCAGGUCCCAUACUUGCACGCGAUCAUCGGCGGCCAGUACAGCUUUGCACGGUAUACCUACUUCCCAUAGCUGGACUGAUCUACUGGCCACCGAUUGUCCCCGUUUUUCGAUAGUUGCCGUAGGUGUAUGUAUGUAGUUAGCUAGGUAGGUAGGUAGGUAGGUAUGUAUGUCUUGAGACUCGGUCACGAGCCCCGCCGAAAUGCGAGGGUAACACCCCAACUCCCCUCGAUGGAGAUGGAGAUGUACGCACAACUACCUAGUGUUGUUGCGCGGUACUCUAGAAUCAAAUAAUCCCGCUGAAGCUUAUGGGUAUUGGCUUGCAGAUAUCUUUGCGAACGACCAGAGAACCCCCAACCCAUGGGACUUGUGGCGACCUGUCUGGGAUUUGCUCGGAUACUCUCUCGGAGAAGUAGGAGAACGACCCGAGGGCCAAGAACGACGUUCUGCAGAGUGAUGUAACUAUAACCUUAAUCUCCUUGUCCUGGGUCAACCUCCAUUUUGAGUUCCAGGGUCAGCGGUUAAGGGGAUUGCCGAUGGUAUGCUUCGUGACUUCUCCGUCAAAUCCAGAUAUCGUGUACUAUAGAGAGCACGACGAUAGUUAGGUCCGCUGUGUUCGUGAGGGGGUCUACCCCUCUGAGCCUUUCUGACAGGAAUGGCCGUCGCAUUUCCGUGGGGAAAUGUUUGGAAGUCCGCGUGUUUUAAAACUAACGUUUGCCUUCGCGCACCUAAAUAUCAUGCCGCAUGUCAAGCUCGCAUUUACUGUAUGCGUGGUUGACGGGUGGCAAAUAUUCCUGGGGAAGAUGUUCUAUGUACCUAAUGAGUAUAUUGGGAAUAUUGGGUUCAGGACAGCGACGUUGACUUUGAACAUACAUCUCGUGGCCUGUCAUCCGUGGUUCAGGUCACCGAAUACGUGUGGGAUCACAUGCCGUCACUCGGCGUUCCGAACUACACGUUCAGAUCCACGUGUUUCCAUGUCAUCUUACAGUACAUGUACAUAGUUGUAAGAUGGUCAUAGUUAAGUUUUGCAGUCUUGGUCUUGCACAAAUAACUAAACCUGUUUCUUUUUAACCGAAGGAAGAGAGAAUGGGGCAAGUCCGAAACCCUAUGGUUCGCUUAAACCACCGUCUGUGUUAACAUCAGUACCAAAUAUACACGCUCGCUAGUACUAGUUAGAAGGCUCAGUGGAAGGGAAUAGGCGCAGCGUCUCUUAGUGCUUUACGAGAUUUGCCGUCAAUGUUGUUAGUUAUGUGGUAAUUACAAUUUGGAAAUGUUACCAUAGUCGAUCAAGAUGGGGCAGGUGGCAAGCAGUUCAUAUCUGUUAUUAGUAGUCUGAUACCAUUACACAACCCAUCUGACUACCAAUUGCCGAUUGACUUCAUCAGGUAAUCAGGGCAAUUUCACUUCCAGGGCCAGGACACGACUUUCCC